AUGAGAGCCAGUCCAGAACAGGCGCUACAAGACGGGCAUCCGGCGCAAUCUCCAGAGCAAGCACCAGAUAUUAUUGAAGCUGGUGGCGAUGCGAGCGACGAUGGGUUCCAGCCUAGCGGGUGGGAUGCUUCCUCAUCGGGCGACUCGCCCAGCAAGAUUAUUGAUCUCGGCACGGGCACCGCGUACAGGGUGCCUUCCAACGUUCGCUUCUUCGUCGAUGAUGUUGAAGAUGACUGGCUGGCUGAAGCUUACGUCGGAACCCAAGUCUUCGGCGCCAAUGUGAAGAGCGAUGCCAGAACCAUGCCCGAUAACUGGCCUUUGUUGGAAUCCUGGUCCAAAAUCCGCGACGUCAUGCACAAAAUGAAGAUUGACAUCCAAAUCGCUCCGCGCAUCGGUGCGAUUUUGAAAGACGCCGGCUUCGUCAACGUUCAAGUGAGAUCAUACAAAGUGCCGGUUGGAACAUGGCCUCUCGGCAAGAUCAAGCGUCUGGUUGGACAUUGCAUGCGCUCUAUGACGGAGGAAUUUCUGGGCGCCGCUGCGAGCAAACCUUUGGCGGCUCUGGGAAUGAAACGGACGGAGAUCGAGGUGUUUCUCGCGUCAGUUCGGAAUGCGAUCAAGGAUCUGAAUGUGCAUGCGUAUGGCACGUAUUAUUCUCGGGUUGGACAGAAGCCCGUGGAGUUGGGUUCUAAGUGA